AUGGCCGAACAAGCCUCUGUUGCCAGCUCAAACGAAAUCACUCUAAAUAUAAAAGGUCCAAGUGAACUGAAGCUCAGUAUAACCAUAUCCACCGACAAGACUGUCCUUGAGCUAAAGCAAGCCAUUGCGGAAAAGUCAGAUGUAUCUGCCGAUAGACAACGUUUAAUCUACUCUGGUCGAGUACUUAAAGACGAGGACGUACUCUCGACGUACAAGGUACAGAAUGCACACACUGUACAUAUGGUCAAAGGCGCUCCCAAACCGACCGGAACUGCCUCCUCUUCGACUUCCACGCCGACACAACCUCUACCGAGUAUGCAAACUGGCCAGACAUCGACAGAGACGCUACUCAAUGGACCUCGCGGACACGGGGCUCUCGCAGGUUUGAAUAUGAACGACCUUUUUGGAGGAGCAAACCCGAACGACCCAAAUAUGUUGCAAAACAUGCUUUCCUCUCCUCAAUUUAUGCAACAAAUGUCCCGCAUGAUGUCCGAUCCUAAUUUGAUGGACACUAUUCUCGCACAGUCUCCCCACCUCACAAAUAUGGACCCUAACAUGCGUCGGACAUUACAAUCGCCUGAGUUUAGACAGAUGAUGUCGAACCCAGACACGUUACGAAAUAUGAUGCAAAUGACGGCUACAUUGAGGCAAGCUGGGAUCAAUCCUAUGGGUGGUGGAGCGAUGGGAGGCGGAUUUGGAGGCGGAGGUUUCGGCGGGAUGCCGUUUGACUUGUUUGGCGGAGGACUCGGCGGGGCUCAGAACCAGGGACAGAACCAGCAGCCGAGCGGGAACUUGUUCGAACAGGCUGCGACGGGUGCUACGUCUGCUGCUUCCCCGGCCAGCAAUCCCAAUCCUACAUCACCUGCCGCUAACACUGGCAGUAAUCCUAACCCGACUUCGCCUGGAACCCAGAACCCCAACCCCAGUCCAUUUGGAAUGAUCGACCCGUCGUUAAUCCAACAGGCACCACUUGGCGCAUUUGGUGCACCUCCAGCGCCCCCAGAUCCGCGUCCUGUCGAGGAACGUUUCCAGGUUCAAUUACAACAACUCCAAGAUAUGGGCUUUACCAACGCACAACAGAAUGUUCGUGCGCUAUUGGCAUGUGGAGGCCGCGUGGACUCGGCAAUUGAAUAUAUCCUUGGUGGAGGAGGUCUUCAGUAA